CCGCAAUAACAUCGACAAAUCCAGAGCUCCGUUUUUCGGUGCCUACGCUCGCAAAGACCGAUAGGCCAAUCUCAUAAUGUCUCAGCUCUUAUUCUGUUACACAUGGGAACACAGCCAACGGCUAGUUGACAAUGUCACAAACGCUGCGAUGUGUCACAUGGGCAGGCAAGUGGAUAGGAAGAGAUAGGAGAAGAUGGGAGGAGAUGGGAAAGAAAGUAUAUAAGGAUAGCUCAAUCCUUUGCUCGUAGAAAUUGGAGAGCCACCACGCCAAGAGACUUCUUUGAGGGAGCUCAGAUAUACCUGUGUCGACAUUCCUAGGCUGGGUCAUUUCUAAAAUCUGCACUUCAACAUGGCCCAUCACCGUUUAAGGUCAGUGGCCAAGCCGCUUGCCCUCCUCCUUUCGGUAUUGCCUUACGGCAAGGCAUCUCCAACACCACCAUGCAGUACACCUCCUGGUGUACAUAUUCCCAAACAAGGAGCAGUCGCUUCUCAAAGCACUAUUUGCAGUGAUAUUGGCAUCCAAUUGCUCAAAGAUGGCGGCAAUGCUGUCGAUGCUCUCGUGGGCACGGUCUUCUGCGUUGGCGUCAUUGGGAUGUACCACAGUGGUAUUGGUGGCGGUGGCUUCUUGCUCUUGAGACUGAGCGAUGGCACGUACGAAUUUGUCGACAUGCGCGAGACAGCUCCAGGUGCCGCUUCUCAAGACAUGUACAAUGAUGAUGAAAAUCUCAGCAUAUACGGCGGUAUGGCAAGUGGUGUUCCUGGGGAGCUUCGAGGCACUGAGUACAUACAUGAUAAAUAUGGUGCUCUCCCAUGGGCCCACGUAAUAAAGCCUGCGAUCGAAGUUGCCAGGAAUGGUUUUGAGGUGACAGAGGACUUGAUCAGCACCAUCCGGCAGACAUCACCCAACAACUUCCUCACAGAAGACCCAGCAUGGGCUAUUGACUUUGCUCCCAAGGGGCGCCUCGUCAGACUGGGCGAGACAAUGACUCGCAGGCGAUAUGCUGAUACCUUGGAGGCGAUUGCUCAACAUGGAGCUGAUGCAUUUUACACUGGGCCCAUUGCCAACGCUACAAUUCGCGCGCUGAAUGCUGCCGGGGGCAUCAUGACGCUAGAGGAUCUCAAGAACUACACUGUUGCCAUAAGAGAGCCUCUGCAGAUAAAGUAUCGCGGUUAUAAACUCACCAGUACGAAUGCUCCUUCAAGUGGUGCGGUGGCACUAAGCGCUUUAAAUACUGUCAGCGGCUAUGAUGGAUUUAAUGAUCCUUCACAAGUAAAUCUGACAACCCAUCGGCUAGAUGAGGCUAUUCGAUUUGCAUAUGGCCAGCGCACUGAGCUGGGAGAUCCAUCAUUUGUGGAUGGCAUAGAUAAAUACACUAAAGAGAUGAUUUCCGAGGCAACUGGAGCCGAGAUACGGUCAAAGAUUUCAGAUUUCAGAACGCAAAACGUCUCUUAUUACAAUCCCAAAGGCUUGGAAUCUCUUGAAACUCCAGGAACAUCUCAUAUUGUCGCAGCAGAUGCCAGUGGAAUGGCCGUAUCAAUGACGACUACUAUCAACUUGCUCUUUGGAUCAACCGUCAUUGUUCCAGAGACAGGCGUCAUCAUGAACGAUGAAAUGAACGACUUUAGCAUUCCUGGUCUUAGCAACAGUUUUGGCUAUAUACCUAGCCCAGCUAAUUACAUUCGCCCCGGGAAACGUCCCCUAUCAUCCAUUUCUCCCAUCAUUGCAGAGACUGCAGACGGAAAGCUCUAUCUUGCACUUGGUGCUGCUGGGGGCAGCCGCAUCAUUACUGCCAAUAUCCAGAACACAAUUCAUGUCAUCGAUGGCAAUAUGACAACUGCUGAAGCGCUGGCCCAGCCGCGUUUGCAUGAUCAGCUGGUGCCCAAUCAGGCAACCUUUGAAUACGCAUAUGAUAACCAGACUGUAGCAUUCAUGAAGUCACUUGGCCACAAUGUUACAUGGAUUGCGCCGGGAGAAAGUGCAGCGCAAGCCGUAAGAUUGCUCCCUAACGGAACGUUUGAGGCAGCAGGAGAGCCAAGGCAGGUGACUUCUGGAGGCUUUGCAAUUUGAAGAUACCACUUUGAUGCACAUAAUAAGAUAAUAUUAAAAUAUAUAAAGGUCGAUUUGACUC